GGCGUGUGGGGAACUUGAGGCCCGGUGGGUCGAGGGUCUUCUCCGGGACCAGCGCGAGGCGGAGUCACGGAGAAGUACUCUGCCAUUCACACAGCGGCUUUAUCCCUGGCCCGGCUGCCGCCGCCCCGCCCUUUGCCCUUCACGGCGCCCGGCCCUCCUUGUCUGGGGCUGCUUUUUGCGCCUGGGCAGCCUGCCUUUCCCCGUUUGCUUUCCUUCCCGUCUCCUCCCCCGACUCCAACACCAGAGUCGCGGGUCCUGCAGUGUCCCAGAAGCUGCACGUAUAACUUGCUCCGCGGGUAACUCAUUCGAUUUUGGAGUUCUUUUAAUUCUUCUGAAAGAUUUCAAAUCUUCUAAAAGCCAAAAUGGGACACAGUAAACAAAUUAGAAUUUUACUUCUGAACGAAAUGGAAAAGCUGGAAAAGACCCUCUUCAGACUUGAACAAGGGUUUGAACUACAGUUCCGACUAGGCCCCACUUUACAGGGAAAAGCAGUUACUGUAUUUACAAAUUACCCAUCUCCUGGAGAACCGUUUAAUCGAGAAAAAUUCCGUUCCCUGGAAUGGGAAAAUCCAACAGAAAGAGAAGAUGAUUCUGAUAAAUACUGUAAACUUAAUCUUCAGCAAGCUGGAUCAUUUCAGUAUUACUUCCUUCAAGGAAAUGAAAAAAGUGGUGGGGGUUACAUAGUUGUGGAUCCUAUUUUACAUGUUGGUGCUGACAAUCACGUGUUACCCUUGGACUGUGUUACUCUUCAGACAUUUUUAGCUAAGUGUAUGGGACCCUUUGAUGAAUGGGAAAGCAGACUUAGGGUUGCAAAAGAAUCAGGUUACAACAUGAUUCAUUUUACCCCUUUACAGACUCUUGGACUAUCUAGGUCAUGCUACUCCCUAGCUAACCAGUUAGAAUUCAGUCCUGACUUUUCAAGACCUAAUAAAAAGUAUACCUGGAAUGAUGUUGGACAGCUAGUGGAAAAAUUGAAAAAGGAAUGGAACAUUCUUUGUAUUACUGACGUUGUCUACAACCAUACUGCUGCUAAUAGUAAAUGGAUCCACGAACAUCCAGAAAGUGCAUAUAACCUUGUAAAUUCUCCACACUUAAAACCUGCCUGGGUCUUAGACAGAGCACUGUGGCAUUUAUCCUGUGACGUUGCAGAAGGGAAAUACAAAGAAAAAGGAGUACCUGCUUUGAUUGAAAAUGAUCAUCAAAUGAAUUGCAUUCGAAAGAUAAUUUGGGAGGAUAUUUUUCCAAGGAUUCAACUCUGGGAAUUUUUCCAAGUGGACGUUCACAAAGCAGUUGAGCAAUUUAGAGGACUUCUUACACAAGAAAAUAGGAAAAUAACAACCAAACCUGAUCCAAAGAAACACCUUAAGAUUAUUCAAGAUCCUGAAUACAGAAGGCUUGGCUGUACUGUAGAUAUGAACAUUGCACUAGCAACUUUCAUACCACAUGACAAUGGGCCAGCCGCAAUUAAUGAAUGCUGUAACUGGUUCUGCAAGAGAAUUGAGGAAUUAAAUUCAGAGAAGCACCAACUUGUGAACUAUCAUCAGGAACAGGCAGUUAAUUGCCUCUUGGGAAAUGUGUUUUAUGAACGACUGGCUGGCCAUGGUCCUAAACUAGGACCUGUCACUAGAAAACAUCCUUUAGUUACCAGAUAUUUUACUUUCCCAUUCGAAGAAAUGACCCUCUCCACAGAAGAAUCUAUGAUUCAUCACCCAAAUAAAGCUUGUUUUCUGAUGGCACAUAAUGGGUGGGUAAUGGGAGAUGAUCCCCUUCGAAACUUUGCUGAACCAGGUUCAGAUGUUUAUCUAAGGAGAGAACUUAUUUGCUGGGGAGACAGCGUCAAAUUACGCUAUGGGAAUAAACCAGACGACUGUCCUUUUCUCUGGGCACACAUGAAAAAAUACACUGAAAUAACUGCGACUUAUUUCCAGGGAGUGCGUCUUGAUAACUGCCACUCAACACCCCUUCACGUAGCUGAGUACAUGUUGGAUGCUGCUAGGAAAUUGCAACCCAAUUUGUAUGUAGUGGCUGAACUGUUCACGGGAAGCGAAGACCUGGACAAUGUCUUUGUUACUAGACUGGGCAUUAGUUCCCUAAUAAGAGAGGCAAUGAGUGCAUAUAAUAGCCAUGAAGAAGGGAGGUUAGUUUAUAGAUAUGGAGGAGAACCUGUUGGAUCCUUUGUUCAGCCUUGUCUGAGGCCUUUAAUGCCGGCUAUUGCACACGCCCUGUUUAUGGAUAUUACCCAUGAUAAUGAGUGUCCUAUUGUGCAUAGGUCAGAAUAUGAUGCUCUCCCGAGUACCACGAUUGUUUCUAUGGCAUGUUGUGCUAGUGGAAGUACUAAAGGCUAUGAUGAAUUAGUGCCUCAUCAGAUUUCAGUGGUUUCUGAAGAACGGUUUUAUACUAAGUGGAAUCCUGGAGCAUCGCCAUCAAAUACAGGUGAAGUUAAUUUCCAAAGUGGAAUUAUUGCAGCCAGAUGUGCUAUCAAUAAACUUCAUCAAGAGCUUGGGGCCAAGGGUUUCAUUCAGGUGUAUGUGGAUCAGGUUGAUGAAGACAUAGUGGCAGUAACAAGACAUUCGCCCAGUAUUCAUCAGUCUGUUGUGUCUGUGUCUAGAACUGCUUUCAGGAAUCCUAAGACCUCAUUUUACAGCAAGGAAGUACCUCAAAUGUGCAUCCCUGGCAAAAUUGAAGAAGUAGUUCUUGAAGCCAGAACUAUUGAGAGAAAUGCAAAACCUUAUCGGAAGGAUGAGAAUUUCAUCAAUGGAAUGCCAAAUAUCACAGUAGAAAUUAGAGAACAUAUUCAGCUUAGUGAAAGUAAAAUUGUUAAACAAGCUGGAGUUGCCACAAAAGGACCCAAUGAAUAUAUUCAAGAAAUAGAAUUUGAAAACUUGUCUCCGGGAAGUGUUAUUAUAUUCAGAGUUAGUCUUGAUCCACAUGCACAAGUCGCUGUUGGAAUUCUUCGAAAUCAUCUGACACAGUUCAGUCCUCACUUUAAAUCUGGAAGCCUUGCUGUUGACAACUCAGAUCCUAUAUUAAAAAUUCCUUUCGCUUUUAUUGCUUCUAAAUUAACUUUGGCUGAGCUGAAUCAGGUACUUUACCGAUGUGAAGCAGAAGAACAAGAAGAUGGUGGAGGCUGUUACGACAUCCCAAACUGGUCAUCUCUUAAAUAUGCAGGUCUUCAAGGAUUAAUGUCCGUCUUGGCAGAAAUAAGACCAAAGAAUGACUUGGGGCAUCCCUUCUGUGAUAAUUUGAGAUCUGGAGAUUGGAUGAUUGACUAUGUCAGUAACCGGCUUAUUUCACGGUCAGGAACUAUUGCUGAAGUUGGUAAAUGGUUGCAGGCUAUGUUCUUCUACCUGAAGCAGAUCCCACGUUAUCUUAUCCCAUGCUACUUUGAUGCUAUACUAAUCGGUGCAUACACCACUCUUCUGGAUAUAGCAUGGAAGCAGAUGUCAAGCUUUGUUCAGAAUGGUUCUACCUUUGUGAAACACCUUUCACUGGGAUCAGUGCAAAUGUGUGGAGUAGGAAAGUGCCCUUCUCUGCCACGUCUUUCACCUUCACUCAUGGAUGUGCCAUAUAGGCUAAAUGAGAUCACAAAAGAAAAGGAGCAAUAUUGUGUAUCUCUAGCUGCAGGUUUACCUCAUUUUUCUUCUGGUAUUUUCCGCUGCUGGGGAAGGGAUACUUUUAUUGCACUGAGAGGUCUACUGCUGAUUACUGGACGCUAUUUGGAGGCCAGGAAUAUUAUUUUAGCAUUUGCUGGUACCCUGAGACACGGUCUCAUUCCUAAUCUCCUGGGCGAAGGAACUUAUGCCAGAUACAAUUGCCGGGAUGCUGUGUGGUGGUGGCUACAGUGUGUUCAGGAUUAUUGUAAAUUCGUUCCCAAUGGCCUAGACAUUCUCAAGUGUCCAGUUUCCAGAAUGUAUCCUACAGAUGAUUCUGCUCCUUUGUCUGCCGGCACACUGGAUCAGCCAUUGUUUGAAGUAAUACAGGAAGUAAUGCAAAGACAUAUGCAGGGCAUACAGUUCCGAGAAAGGAAUGCUGGGCCACAGAUAGAUCGAAACAUGAAGGAUGAAGGCUUCAAUAUAACCGCAGGUGUUGACGAAGAAACAGGAUUUGUUUAUGGAGGAAAUCGCUUAAAUUGCGGCACAUGGAUGGAUAAAAUGGGAGAAAGUGACAGAGCCAGAAACAGAGGAAUCCCAGCCACUCCAAGAGAUGGGUCUGCUGUGGAAAUUGUGGGCCUGAGUAAAUCUACUGUCCGUUGGUUGCUGGAAUUAUCCAAAAAAAGAAUUUUCCCUUAUCAUGAAGUCACCAUAAGAAGACAUGGAAAGGUUGUGACAAUCUCAUACGAUGAGUGGAACAGAAAAAUACAAGACAACUUCGAAAAGCUAUUUUAUGUGUCAGAAGACCCUUCAGAUUCUAACGAAAAGCAUCCUAAUCUGGUUCACAAACGUGGCAUAUACAAAGAUAGCUAUGGAGCUUCAAGCCCAUGGUGUGACUAUCAGCUCAGGCCUAAUUUCACCAUAGCAAUGGUUGUAGCCCCUGAGCUCUUUACUGCAGAAAAAGCAUGGAAAGCUUUGGAGAUUGCAGAAAAAAAAUUGCUUGGUCCCCUUGGCAUGAAAACUUUGGAUCCAGAUGAUAUGGUUUACUGUGGUAUUUAUGACAACGCCUUAGACAAUGACAACUACAAUCUUGCUAAAGGUUUCAAUUAUCACCAAGGACCUGAGUGGCUAUGGCCCGUUGGCUAUUUUCUUCGUGCAAAAUUAUAUUUUUCCAAAUUGAUGGGUCCAGAGGCUAAUGCAAAGACUGUGUUUUUGGUUAAAAAUGUUCUUUCCCGGCAUUAUGUUCAUCUUGAGAGAUCCCCUUGGAAAGGACUUCCUGAACUGACCAAUGAGAAUGGCCAAUACUGUCCUUUCAGCUGUGAAACUCAAGCCUGGUCAAUUGCUACUAUUCUCGAAACGCUUUAUGACUUAUAGCUGAUUCAUGGAUAUGUAUGAAGUAUGCAAUUACUUGUAUUAUGGAAUGCAAGAUCAAAUAUAAUAUAAAGGGUUUAUAUGCACAGGCUGAAGUUAUUUUAAAAAGCUAAUUUAUAUAAUAAUGAUACCCAAUUAGGUAAGACUUUAAAACAGUGAUUUGUCUUUUUCCUUUCUUUUGUUUUGUUUUGUUUUUAAUGUACAGAGAGGUAGCUUUUGAUUUGAAUCAGGAAGAAAAACUAUCAUUACCAAUGGGAUGUUCUUUUGAAUUCAUGAAGUAUUCCUUAAUUGCCUAGAAAUAAGAGUUUGAAAUCCAGAGUUUGAAACAGAAACGUCAUGUAAUCUUCCACUUGUACAUAAGUGAAAAUGAAGUAUUAGAAUGUAAUAAUGAAAGAAAUGGAAAAGUAUCUUCAAAUUGUGGUAUAUAUUUUCUUCAGUAAUAAUACAUAUUGAUUAUGCUGUGGUUAACUAAUGUUCUCACCUUUUACUAUAUUAUUCCUAGCACCUUCUACACUGCAUUCGAUAAAUAUUAACUGAAUAUUGACUCAUGGAAUUGUCUACCUACACUGUUAUGUUCAGAAAGGAUGUUCAGAACACAGAUGUUCACUGUGUGGUUUUUUUUCACUAGAAUACUAAUAUGUUUUUAAUAUAAUGAAUGCCAUAAUUUGCUUAUGUUAAUGAUGCAUAGGAUAUAUGAAAAAACACAAGCAUUUAAGAAUUUAUUUCCUAAAAAUAGUUUUGUAAAAUUAAUCUUGAGUACGAGUUUCCUACUAUGAGAUGGUUCACAUUCUCAAAAUGCACAUUGUUGGGCAUAUUUAUGAGAACUUUAAAGAAAAACAUGCUAUAUUAAUUUUCUAAAACUUAACAAUUAUUUUUAGUUUGUGUGCAAAAGUGUAUUGAUAGAUCAUAGCAGAUACUAGUUUCCUAUUAACUAAAACCUACAUUGACAAGUUUAGCACUGAGAAAAAUCUUGGUAUAAUAAAAAUGUAGAUAUGAA